GAGGGUGGAGCGAGAGAAAGAAAGAGAAGGCAUAUCCUCGGUCAGUGAAAAGAGUGAGAAAUACAUUUUGGAGACAGGAUUUGUUUCAAAAACGACUGCUCAACCAGACCAUACAUCUGUGUGAUUCCGAUCAAAUUGUGCAGGUGAGAAUCGAGAUUUGAAACGGUGGGUUGUCGUGGUGUAUGGUUGAAGACAGAAAAGGGACACCGACAAUUGGAUCAACAUCAACGUAAUAUGGAAUUUCCAGCGAUGGCCCAAGAGACUAACCCGAGCCUGACGCCUGUGCUUUGUGCCACUGGCUGUGGUUUCUAUGGAAACCCCAGGAACAACGGCAUGUGCUCGGUCUGCUACAAGGAGCACCUGAACCGUCAGCAGAGUAGUGACCACGGCUUGAGCCAACUUAGCCCAAUAGUUGGUAGUCCUACCCCUGAUGCCUCAGCCAUCCAGCGACUAGAGGCCAGUCUAGCCAAAGUAGACCCUUCAUCUGGCUCUGCUGCAGACAUGGCUGGAACUAUUCAAGGCUCUCUUCCAGUGACUCAACAAAUGACAGAGAUGAGCAUCUCAAGAGAGGAUAAAGCAGAUCCCCUAGAGCCUGUCGUGACUCAGCCUACUGCUUCUAGCCCUGCCACUGCCAGCGGUGACAAGGCUAAGGGAGACACCCCCAAUCCCAAGAAGAAUAGGUGCUUCAUGUGCCGCAAGAAGGUGGGCCUAACAGGGUUCGACUGUCGCUGUGGGAACCUGUUCUGCGGUCUCCAUCGGUACUCUGACAAGCACAACUGUCCUUACGACUACAAGGCGGAGGCAGCUGCCAAGAUCCGCAAGGAGAACCCUGUUGUGGUCGCUGACAAGAUUCAGAGAAUAUAGGGUUAAGAACCAUCCACACAAAGACUGAAGUAUGAUUGGACACUCGACAUGAACAUUGGCAUGAGUGGCAAAAGGAUAUCGGACUCAUUUUUAAAAUCACAACCUUGAGAAAAGCAAAAGAGCCCCUGCCUGAGGGCGAGAUGCAUGAACGAUCA